UAUGCGCUGGAUACAGCAAUCAGUAUGGCGGACAGCGAAAGCGAUGUAGAUACAGAGGGACUUGAAUCAGCCCUAGACUCGUUGUGUAGCAGACAUUGCAGCGACGAGUCGUCGCUGAAGAGCAAAAACUAUUGCUCUGAGUUUUGUGAGCUGGUUGAGGAGUACACAGGGCAAUGGCAAGUCCCUCUCCCUCAACUGAUGGUGCUGCGUACAGCACUCUGCAGUUUCACCAAAGCCACUGCUGCCUUCCCCGAUGACUGUCAGCACAUCCACUAUGUUCUCAGUAGUUUGGCCUUGAGCUUUUUUGAACUGAUGCUGUUUUUUAGCAAAGAAGAAUUUGUGGAAGACCCUUUAAAAGACAUCCUUGAUUCCUUUCAGGAGUGUCACACUCAGCUCCUGAGGCACAGGAAUGGCUACUUUCAGCAAGUGAAGCUGGUCAUCAAAGCAGGAGGACCAUGGGAGAAUCCAGUGUUGCAAAGAAUCUUGAAGGAGGCAGACUUGCAGUCAAAAGAUGUUGAGGAAUACCUGAGCUCAGAGUUGCCUGUAUUCUUGGAGCUGCGAGUCCGGUACCUGCAGGCCUGUGAAAAGUUGCAGGAGGCUAUGGCCCUUUCUAAAAGCUGCCUGGAAAAUAGUGAGGCCGGCAAGCACCUGUUCUUCCAUCAGGCCUACCUGACCUGCCUCUACAAGGCCUCGCUUCAUGACCACCUUCACAAGGAGAUGGCAGUGAUAGAUGGUCGUGAUGCAGUCGAGAUCAUCUGCAACACGGAACGCGUUGAAAAAGAUGAGCUCCUUUUGUCACUGUGUAAAACUUUCCUUACCCAGUAUCUACACAAUGGAGACAUGUAUUACAUCUGGGACCUGGUCUUCAUCUGGAGUAGGUUGCAUCUUAGGGCCCAUUCCUCAAGACCAGGCUUCCUGGCUGAGUGCUUAACAUUGGCCUCCUCUGCUACCAAUGUUAGAGCCAUCUUCCCUUUCAUCAAACUGGUCACCACAGAGGUGGGUGGUGAUGGAAUUGAGGUCUGUGUCGAGCUUUGUGCCAGGGCUUUGCACCUGUGUGACAUACAGGCGGAUUCUGUUACCCGAUCAUUGGUCUGCAAGACCAUCGCCUUCCUUCUUCCACAUGAUCUGGAGAUCUGUCGAGCGUGUGCACUGCUGGUCUUCUGUCAAGAACGCAGCCUUGAGGCUUACCGAACCGUCUGCAUUCUUUACAUGCAUCCUGACCAGGACCAGAAUCCCCACAGCAGCCAUGUUCGGACCAAUGUUCGCUUUCAUAUUUUGCAGAUGCUGAAGGAGCGCCUGUGCUUUGACCCUGAGUUUUGGAACAUCCUCACAAUCAGGUCCCAUUGCUUGGAGUUGAUAAGUGACAGCGUCCUGAAGGCUGCUGUUCUCAAUGAGAUGAUGGAAGAAGAGAAUGUAUACAGUGAAGAGCUGUCAACAAAUUGUUUGAAUGAGCCAUGCACCCAAGAUGUCAGUGUGCCCCAGUGCACUGAAGUUACGUUAGUGAACCAAGACCCUCCAGAAGAGCAGAUUGUAGAUGAACAGGCAAGGAAGUGUGUUUCCCCGUCAACUAAUGCUCCCUUGAAGAGGAGAAAAUGGAGGAGAAGGCAGCGAAAGAGAAAACAUGCUUUGUCUGAUGAUGAGGCAGAACCUGGCGAUGACCCAGAGUUCAAAUACAAUCUACAAUCCACCUUGCCGGCUAAAAAGCCCAUGUAUUCACUAAGACGCACUCACACUAUAAUGGACAGUUCUGCAUCUGCAAAGCUCCCUCUUAACCGCAAGAGAGAGUAUUUGUCUAGAUGUGUGAAGAGCCAAAUUUUGAAAAGGAAAGGUCGGAAGAGACGGUGGUUGCAAGGCCUUCCAAAGCUGGAGCAGGUACAGACGGUCCUAGAGAAGUUGGUCAAAGUUAAAGGAAAGAAACGGGGAAGGAAGCCUUUAGUCAAAGUGGAAUUCUCUUACCCUGAUAAUGAAAUUUUUCUUUCUGGAGAUGAAUCUGGUUUCGAGGAGAAAACUGACACAGACAACAAAGAGCUGGAUAUGCCUCAUCUGGACAAUGAACUUAAACCAAAGAGUGAAGACAAAGAGAAUAAGCUUGAGUCAUUAAAAGACCUUGGAGAUGAAAGUGGACCUGUGAAAGAUACCGACAUGGUCUGUGUCAACAGUGAUAGUGAACGCACCCAAGAGGAAUCGGAAACACAGCCGGACUCUAAGCUUAAUGAAGGUCCUCCGAGUGAGAUUCCUGCUGUCGAAGGGGAUCCGGAGCUCGAUGGACCACUCUUGGAGCUAAUGGACUGUCCAAUAGAACUGCAACACUGCUACUCUCUUACCUUCAGAAACCCUGACGGUGACGAAUUGCAAGAAUCCUUAGCACCAGAUGAGAUUAAUGAAGAUUCAGAACAGGAGCCACAACCCCCCAUGGAAGCAGAACUCUCAAACACUAAGCCAAAAAUCAAGAGAACUUGGAAAGACAGACUACUUCGCACUCGGCAGUUUGCCCAUAUGAUGCACCAUUGCAACAUCUGCCGUAAAGACUAUAAAGGCUUGAAUAUCAUGAGACACGCUCUUUCACACCUCAAGAGUAAAAGACUGAGAUGUAUACUGUGUGGAAAACGCUUUAAACAGUUUUCUUUUGCCAAAAAGCAUAUUCUGGACCACUUUGAUGAAAUGUACAAGCCCACUGAUAAGAAGCCCCACACCGAGGACACCCCACUUGCAAAUGGAGUAGUAGUGAAUGAGGAAAAUCCGAAUCAGCCCCAGAUUGAAAAUCAGACUUCUAUUGCGAAAGAGGAAAUCCCUGAACGGAAAACUGGAGGCAAAGUGAAAGUUUCCAGCCUCAAGAGGGAAGAACGGAUCAUCAGAAAUAUCCGUACCCUCAUCAAAAAGACAUCUGUGCUUCACAGAAAGUGCAAGAGCCCAAAUUCAAAUAUUUUUAAGAAGGUGGAAUUCCAGGAUGAGCAGGUAGUCAUUAAAGAUGGCCUGGUGAUUAUAAAAGAUCCAUCUGUGAUCGAGAGGGCCGGUCAAGACGAAGAGGGGAAAAAUAACCCAGUCGGAGAGAAUGGCUAUGGUUUGGACAUCACGUAUCAUUUGUGUCCAUCGGAGACCUGUGAUAGAGUUUUUUUGAGGACCAGUUCAACACUAAUAAAGCACGCAAUCAAAUGCCAUAUAAAGGAAGACAAUGUGCUGGAGAAGACGUUUGUUUGGGCCAAGCACAAGUGCUCCCUCUGCCUCAGGCAGUUUCAGUUUUUUCAGAAUUAUAAAGACCACAUGAAGCUCCAUGAUGAUCCUCUCCAGCACUUCUGCUACCAUCUCGACUGCAGCCAGCGUUUCGUGACUCAGCAGGAAUUAAAGGACCACAUCAAGACUCAUGAGCCCCUCAGACCCCAGUGUCCCUUCGCAGACUGUGAAAAGCUCUUCUCCACCCUUCUUGGCCUCUAUGACCAUGAGUGGAGACACUACAUCCCAGCACCUCAAAGAGAGGAGCUGGAAUUGGCAGGGAGUAGACAGAAAAACCAAAGUGCAGAUGCUCCGUGGAAGCAGAGAGUGAAGGUUGAGGAGUUGUGGCUGCAGAAUAAAAAGGAGCAGAGCGACAGUUCCACCCCUCAUCAUGUUGAGGCCUUGAAUCUUGAGGAACUAGGGGAAAUGAGCAAAACUGCCGAGCAGCAUUGUGAUGUAAAUGAUCAAGGCAGCGGUGAAGUCUAUUAUGAGCCUUCAGAGGACAACAAACACACACCCAUCAAUGGAUAUGAGGAAGAGGUGUCAGACAGUGCGACCUCUACCUCUCUUGGUGCCGCAGCAACCACCCCAGACAAGAAGUCUCGGAAAAGAAUGCCUGUCCAGGUGGACCCUUUGAAUGUCAAAGACCUUGAGCAUUUGUCUACUUUGUCUGAGGGCGCCCAGCAGAGACUGGGAGAGCCACACAUCACCGAGCACAAAACCUUCAAACCCGAAGAUCCCACCUACGCAACUUUUGUCAAAGCCCCCUUCAUACGGCCACCGCCCUCCACUUACCUGGAUGAAUCUGUGCUCUCGAUGCGCAAGAGGAGGUCCACUGAGGGGGCGGCCCCGAGGAAGAAUAUUUACUGGAACAGUAAGAAAAAGGAGACUGAGCCAGAGAAGGCGAAGGACGCGGUUAACGUGACCUCCCAGACGAAGAUCAGACAUCGAUGUGACAAAUGUUUGUCCUUCUUCAGCAGCUUGGAGGAAUUGACAAAACACCAAGCUCUCAAAAACUGCUCUUCACUCUUCGGCUUCGAUUCAGAUGAUGAAAGUUAGUAGUGCGUGAAGUGGAGCUGUAGCUGGAACGACCCUGACACUCAUCACCUGGCUCAGGAACACAAAAUAACACUGGAAGCCUUCGUGGGAAAAAAAACCCAAAUACUGUACUUUUAUUCACUUUUUGAACACCUGUUUGUUAACAAAGGCAGGACAUGUGCCAAAACGGUUAACUGGAGCAUUGAAUUCAUUUAUAAACCUUCAGAAGCAAUACAUUUAACAGCUUAAACUAGUUUUUAACAAGGAUUUCCUUCAAAACAUCAAAACAAGUAUGGGUGUGUCAAAAUGAGUACAUUCAAAUCUGGGUGAUAGAAGUAAUUGAAGUAACACAAUGUGGGUUUUGCUCUUGCGCUGCCUCUGCCAUGACAUUCGAGACCUGAAACCUAGAAGUUACAUAGAGUGCACUAUGUAGCUGCUCAGGCUUUGACAGGGGUGCCUCUCACCCUGUUAUAAGCUGAUCAAAAUAUUCUUGAUCAGCUUCAGUAUCAUCAAAAUAUUCUUGGAGACAUUAAAAGAAGGUUGAAAUCCUACAUUGUGCUGCUCUAAUAAUAAUAAUCAAACAUCAAUAUUCAAACUUUAAAUUAAUUUGGCCAAAAUGUCAUAGGAAAAACAGCCGUGAUAUAACUUCAGAAAAACCAAUAUUUCUUUUUUUGUUAAACUGCAGAAUGCCUGAAUAGUUGGAAGGAGACAAAGCUCUCUAAAUCAGGAUUAACUGGGAAAAACUUUAGGAGUCUUGGUCUCACUAAAUGUAUUUAUAUUCAUCAUAACUUAAAAGUACUAGUACAUGGCUUGAUAUUUGACUUGCACAUGUAGGCUGUGUCGUUUGCAUCUCCCUGCUUCACACUCGCAAAAGUCCCCUGCAGAAUUUGAUACAAAAAGGAUUUCUUUAAAUGUCAUAUCGUUGAAACGCCUUAUUCAGAACAGGUAUUAACCCAAAUCCUGCGUCAUCACCGUCUCCGCGUCUGUCUCCUGUGACCAUUUGUGAUCAAAUCUUUCUUCUCCUGCUUGUGUUUUUGCAAACGGACAUGUACGUAAUUUCCGUUAGUAGAGAUCAAAUUAUGUCCAACCAUCCAAUUCAAAUGUUAGGUACAUUUGAAUUGAUGGUUUUUCAGUGAUGCGUUUUGGAUUCACACUGCUGAAAGAACAUGGCCACAUGCACCCGAAUGCAUUGUCAGUGCGACCUGGGUUUUAUCCACACUUGCUCCAACUAGUGUUCUCCUCAUGCCUCGUUGGUAAAGACUCAGUGACAGAGGCUCGUAGGGACUUAACAGAGAGGAUUUUACAUGUAGUUCAUUAUGGCCAGUGUUUCUAACUGUAUGAAAUAUUGUUAAAAGAAAAAUCACAGUAAUGAAUGGACAGUUGAGCAGCACAGAGAAAGUACAGUCUUCCAGAUAAAUCAUGUUUUGUUUUUCGAGAGAUUGUGUUUCACAAUGUUUAUUAGACAUGUCAAUAACUGGAUUUUCGAAGAUAUAAAAUUUACUUUAACUCCUGGAAAAGAAAUCCUCUAAACCUUUGUCACAUAACAGCAACUUUCCCAACUGUAAGAUGAGCUACAUGUGUGUUAUUUGAGGUCGGGCACAUCUCUGUUUUUUACCUGCAACUUCUGCUCAUAGCAUUAUAUGAAGUUUUGGACUGAUUGAAGCUGAAACCAUGUAAAUCUGCUUUCAUGGCGUCACGUAAAUUCUCUGUACAGCGUACGUGUCGCCACUUUAUUAGUGCCAAGACUGAAUCAGUGUCACACUGUAGGUUAAAAUUGAAAACUAACACAGCACCACUUUACUUUGAAUUUCAAAGUGUAUCAUUGUUACUCAGUGUAACUCCAUUGUCAUGUAUUUUAUUGUGUAGAAUAUUUAACAUUGGUCCUCUUGUUAUGUAUAUAUAUUUUUAAGAUCUGUUUGAUAACUUUUUACUGUCAUCUUUUUAUGGGACUGUGCACUUCGACCUGCUUAUUUAUAUGUACAAAUGUUAAUAGCCUGGAUUUGUAAAGGUAAUGAUUCAUCAUCUAUUUUUCUUAAGAAAUUAUGUGAUUAAAUUUGUUCGAAUAAACAAAUCACUCUGU